AGGAUCUUAUUGGUAUCUUUUCCUAUUUAUUGCUUAAAUUCAUAUCUAGAUUCUUUAAUAAGUGCAAAAUGAUUAAAUAAAUGAAAGGGAUACUUGUAACAACAUUUUCUUUAAAAUUUUAAUUAGUAAUAGGAAUUUAUAUAAAUGGCCAGAAGAGGGCAGAAUAGUCUAUCAGACAGAUAUUUUUCCUACAGCAGAUCUGCUCAUGUCAUCCAGUCAUUCUCCUCCCCUUCUCAGGAGUUUCCUCCCUUCUCUCCAGUCACACAGAAGGCUUAGCUGCUGUUCCGAUAAAAUACCUUGUGGAUGGCUCUAGUUUUUAAUAUGGCUUUUAUUGUUUUGAUGGAUUUUAAUACAAACAACUGGCUCACUUCUCUUCUGGGAUGAUGAAAGAUUUUCACCACAUGCUGAUUCAACAAAAGGAUUCACAUUAUGGACAUCCACAACCCAACAAAGCAUUGGAAAUGGCAAGUAGUCAUUUUUCCUUUUCUUUGUAGCUUGGGCUGGGUCUCUGGGCAGCUUCGUUAUUCAGUUACUGAAGAAUCAGGACCAGGGACUUUUAUAGCAAAUGUAGCUCAGGAUCUUGUAUUGAAUUCUGCAGAUAUUCCUAAACGCAGAAUGCGACUGGGCACAGAUGGAAAUGUAAAAUAUUUUGCACUGAACCCCAGAAAUGGAGACUUGACUGUUAAUGAAAAGAUCGACCGAGAAACCUUGUGUGGAUCCAGUACAAGAUGUGUAUUACCUUUAGAAAUAAUUAUUGAAAACCCACUGGAGCUUUUUAGUUUAGAAAUUGAAAUUGUUGACAUAAAUGACAAUUUUCCUUUGUUUUUGAGCAGUGAUCAGUUAAUAAAAAUUUCUGAAGCUCUGGCAAAUCCAGGCACACGGUUUCGUUUGGAGAGUGCUCAGGAUCUAGACAUAAGCACUAACGGUGUUUCCAAAUACACACUGACUCCAAACCCAUAUUUCUCUUUAUCGGUAAACAGUAGAAAAGAUGGGACACUGGUUCCAGAAUUAAUUUUAGAAAAACAUUUAGAUAGAGAAGAAAAGGAUUAUCAUAAACUUACAAUUACUGCUUUUGAUAGUGGUAAUCCACCCAGAUCUGGUACAUCUCAGUUAACUGUAAUUGUUCUAGACAGUAAUGAUAAUGCUCCGGUUUUUGAUCAUCCCACAUAUAAAGUUAUUGUACAAGAAAAUACACCACAAAAUACUGUUAUUUUGAAACUGAAUGCAACCGAUCGGGAUGAAGGACUUAAUGGAGAAAUUGAAUACUUUUUUGACUACCAUACAUUACAUUCGGUGAAAGAAUUGUUUACACUAAACCAACAGUAUGGAGAGAUCUCAGUUAAUGGUGUUAUAGAUUUUGAAGAAAAAGAGUUUUAUGAAAUAUCAGUAAGGGCAAAAGACAAAGGAAAUCCUGAACAUGAAAGUCACUGUCUUGUCCUAAUAGAAAUAGAAGAUGUUAAUGAUAAUGUACCAGAAAUAACAUUAACCUCACUGCUGAAUGCAGUACCAGAAAAUGCAGCCUUGGGAACUGCAGUCGGUUUCCUCAGUGUGAGAGAUAAAGACUCAGGUAAAAAUGGAGAAGUAUCUGUGGAGAUUUCACCAAACCUCCCAUUUAAGAUAAAACCCUUUAACAAUCGCUACACAAUAGUAACAGAUGGAGUUCUUGAUAGAGAGAGAGUUGCACAAUAUGUUCUUGAGCUGACUGCAACAGACUUGGGUUCUCCUCUAUUGCACACAACAAUGUCUGUCAUUUUAAAUAUUUCAGACAUAAAUGAUAAUCCCCCAGCAUUUUCUCAGCCACAUUUAAAUGCCUUUAUAAAAGAAAACAACAACCCUGGAAGUUUUCUAUGUACAGUAUCAGCAGUUGAUCCAGAUGAUGGGUUAAAUUCAGUCCUGACUUACUCUAUUGUUGAAAGGAAGACGGAUGCUUCUUCAAUCCUUUCUUUAGUAAAUAUCAACUCUAAGACUGGAAAUAUCUAUGCACAAGGGUCAUUUGACUAUGAACAAAUCCAGGUUUUACAAAUUACAGUGAAGGUUGAAGAUUCUGGAUCUCCAAAGCUAUCAUCCAACAUAACAGUUUUCCUUUUCAUAUUGGAUCAAAAUGAUAAUGCCCCUUUGAUGUUGUAUCCAGAGCACUCCAGAGAGGUCAGUCCUCAACAGAAAAUCCCCACCUCAGCUCCAGCUGGCUUUUUGGUCACCAAAGUAUCUGCAGUGGAUUUAGACUCAGGACACAAUGCGUGGCUAUCCUAUCAUAUAGUAGAUGGUACAGAUCCAUCUCUGUUUCAAGUAUCUGCUUCCCAUGGAGAAAUCCGAACUGCCCGAGGAUUACAAGAAACUGAUCAAAUUGAUCAAAGGCUUGUCAUUGUGGUUAAGGAUCAUGGGGAACCUGCUUUAUCAACUACUGUUACCAUAUAUAUUACACUUGAGGACACCAUUUUUCAAGAGAAACCUAAGUCCCAAAACUUUGUUACUUCCAAUAACAAACCAGAGAUGACUUUGUAUUUGAUAAUAUCACUGGUUGCUGUUAGUUUAGUUUCCUUGGUUACUUUCAUUAUAUUACUUGUUAGAUGUUUAAGAAAAGAGUCAAGUUCUACAACGUGUGCAUGCUGCCUUGGAAGCCCACAGCCCAAGUACUACACCGAACAGUGCCGGCCAACCCUUCACUUAAACACAUGGUACGUUGAAGUUCAUGGAGGUUAGAAUGGAGCCCUCAGAUCCCCAAGGGCAAUGUUACAAAACCUGUUUUUCUCCAUCAGAAAAAAAUGAUUUUUCUUAUUUGAGACCUCUUAAUUUUCCUGAGCUGAAAACAAUGGUCAGUGAUACAGAGGGCUUCUUUUCUGAUAUAAAUGGGGUCACUGGCACU